AGGGAUCAUUUCCUUCCAUUUAUUCCCAGGAAAAGACACACACUCUGCUGUGACUUCAUCAUGGAGAUGCCAGCACCUGAACAUGAUGAUACUUUUGACUUCCUGUUUAAGUUAAUCCUUAUCGGAGACUCAAACGUGGGGAAGACCUGCGUGAUUCAGAAUUUCAAGUCUGGGAUUUUCUCAGAGAAACAGCAGAACACCAUCGGAGUAGAUUUCACUGUACGGACACUGAACAUUGAGGGGAAGAAGGUGAAGAUGCAAGUAUGGGACACAGCAGGUCAGGAAAGAUUUCGUACAAUCACCCAGAGCUACUACCGCAGCGCUCACGGCGCGGUGAUUGCCUAUGACAUCACACGGCGUUCAACUUUUGACUCAGUGAAGCACUGGAUAGAAGAGGUGGAGCUAUAUGGAGCAGCCAAUGUGGUUCUCGUCCUCAUAGGUAAUAAAUGUGACCUGGAGCAGGAACGGGAGGUUCAGUUUCAAGAAGCCUGCAAUCUGGCAAAACAAAAAGGCAUUUUGGCUGCACUAGAAACAUCUGCAAAGGAUAGUCAGCAUGUGGACGAAGCCUUCAUGCUGAUGGCCCGAGAGCUGCUGUCUCGUAACGGCCUUAACGUGCAGCCCGAAGACUCCGAGAGCAAGGACACGCCUCGAGUUCUGCUGCGAGCCAACUCUCGGCCAAUCAACGGCACCAUAAGUGCCAACACACACACACCAGAAAAAAAAUCGUGUUGCUGAUACAAAUGCAGACAGGACAAGAAAAGGGACCGACGUUGGAUGUUGGCAGCAAGAGAAAGAUGGAGCUGAA